AUGCCACAACAACAGCCGCAGCCACAAACAUCACCGCCACAGCCACCAGCAGCAGCUUCUUCAUCGACAAUCAUCGACUUGAACGUCGGUGGCGUCCAUUACUCAACAGCCCUGGCCACUCUCGUCAAACACCCAAACUCGAAACUCGCUAAAUCGGUUCUGAAACUAUUCAACAUCGAACCGACCGAGCAACAACUCGACAAUAUCGUCGACACCUCCAACAACAACUCAACCAUUCCAUCAUCAUCUUCAACAUCCUCAACGAACAUCACCACACUAGCAACAGUCUCAGAAGCAACCAAAAAAAUCUUCAUCGACCGCGACGGAGUUCUCUUCCGUUUCAUUUUGGACUUCCUCAGACAGAAAUCAACUGACCAUUUCAAACUUCCGGAACAUUUCGCUGAGACUGAAAGAUUAGCUUGUGAGGCCGAUUACUACGGCUUAACAGAAAUGGUUCAUCAACUUCGCAACAAACACAAAUCAUCACUAGCCACUAAAUUUUUAGAAGCUGGCGACGAGAAUGAAAGAUGCAUCACGCUUGGAUACCGCGGAACUUUUGCGUUCGGUCGAGAUGGCGGAAUGGCUGACGUGAAAUUUCGCAAACUUCUGCGCAUACUUGUGGCUGGCAGGGUGCAGCUCUGCAAAGAA